AUGCCGGUGUUGGCGGGCGUGAGCGACGCCGCCAUCGCGGUGCGCGACAGGCUCCGCGGCAAGAUCGGCCUCACAAGGGUCAUGCGCUACCGGCGAGGGAUGUUUCCCGAGUGGGCCAGCGACCUUGACGGGGACGACCAAAGCAUCCCCCACGCUGCGUCCGUGCUCGACAGCGUGUCGCCGCGCCGUCACUCCGCCGCCAGGGAUGACUGCCGCUGCGUCCGCCUCCACGAAGAGGUCGUCGAGUCCGUGGCCGGGGUGGAGGUGGUGGUUGAGCCGCGGGAUGCGGAGGCCACGGCGGCAGCGGAGGAUGACGAGGCGCAGGAGGAGCGGCGACGCCGGAUCCGGGAGCGAUGGCUCCUGCGGGAGCGCGAGGAAGAGGAGCUCCUGCCGAAGGAGGACGAGGAGGUGCCGACGGACAUGGAGUCGGAUUCAGAGUCCGAAUUCGAGGCUCAUUCGGGAGAAGAAGAGACGUGUAUCGCCGUGGUGAAGCCGGUGUUCGUGGCGAAACAGAGGCGGGAGACCGUGGUAGAGAGGGCGGAAGAGCGGCGAGUGCUGGAGGAGCUUGUCAGGAGAAGGAUGGAGGAGCGAAAGGUCAAGACCAGACGGAUCGUGGUGGAGGUGAUCAUUAAAGAAGAGCACCUCGAGAAGACGCAGAACGAGGAGCCUACUGCAGACAUUGACACCGACGAUAACACAGACGAGGCAAAGGAGUACGAGGCGUGGAAGAACCGGGAAAUUGAGAGGAUUAGAAAGGACAGGGAUGCCAGGCUGACAAAGGGGGAGGCUGAGAAGGUGAGGAACGUGACGGGGGAGAAGCGUAUGGAAUGUGAGGCUGGCAAUCCCAAGCCGGUGCCGCUUGCAAAGCGCAAGAAGAUGAUGAAGUUCAUGCAGAGGUACCAUCACAGGGGAGCCUUCUUCCAGGAGAAGCAUGAUGAUGGGAGCCAAAUGAGUGGUCUGGAUGAUGUUUACAAGCGUGAUUAAUUUCUCUGCGCCCACCGGAGAAGACAGGAUGGACAGGUCCAUCCUGCCCAAGGUUAUGCAAGUGAAGAAGUUUGGGCGAAGUGGAGGAGUGAAGUGGACACAUCUUGCGAAUGAGGACACAACAGGCUACUAUGAUUCAUUAACCAUAACAUGUUUACAUUUAGGAUCUUAGCAUGUUGACAGCCCUUCCAAUAUCUGCCAUUGCUUUUUUUAUUUCAUUUGUAUUGUUCUGCCAGUAUUAUUUAUCUUUACCUACUUAGAGCAUCUCCAACAGCUCUUGUAUCUUGAGUGAGUUAGCUAAAGAAAGAAAAGAAAGACAAAAAACCUCAUCCAAUAGAAAA